UCUGAACAUGCAUUGAUAAAAAUUCCCAAUAUUCUUUCCUGGAGAUGGCAGAGAUUUACGGUAUCGUCAGUGGCGUUUUGGGUCUAUUUCCCCUGUGCCAUGGUGAGUUUCUUCCACUAUCUAUGUUUCUAAAAAGUGGGAUUUGUCACUGAGGUAUCACCAGAUGGACUAGGGGUGCUCAUAGACGUCUUCGAUACCCCGAAAACGUUUCAACUUCCGGUCGGGAGAUUGGAACUUCAACGAGAUGUAAACCAUCUAUUUCAUUCUAAAUAGCUGCAAACUUGAAUACACCUGCGGGACGAUUGAAAAUAUUUACUCACGUGAUGACCUUUUCCAGAAGUUUGACGAAUGGCGCGAGAUCUGGACGAGUGAAUGUGGUGAUGUGGAUAUGAAGUUUGAAGCUUAUGCAAAGAGUAAUCCUGUUUCUGCAAAGAAGGUUUUACGCCAGUUAGCUUUGUUGGCGCAGGUCUUGUUUGAUGCCACAGGCUUGGAGGAAUAUUAUGGUAUUAAGUCGGAGAGAGCGAAUCGAGUAAGUUAACAUUUUCCUACCAUUAACAUUGGACAAAGAAUAGAGCUACUCGUAAUGAAAAGAACGCUCUUCUGUUACAGAGUUUGUGCUGGCAUAUAGAUCUCAAGUUGUGUUUUCUCUAUUCCGCGAAUUAAUCGUAGGGAAAGCCGCCGUAACGAUUCUACCACCUCUUACUACCUCUCACUCGAAAGAGUGCUACUGGUUGAAAAGCGUUCAAGAUUUCAUUGAGUAUUCAUUACUUCAACAUGCCUCUUUCCCUACUGCUAACUACUUCACUUCAUACAGGACUCCAAAGACCUUUCUCAAUUUCGCCUCAAAUCCGGCCAAGAAUUGAACAUUGAAACAACCGGCAUUUUCCUUGAACGCUGCCGUCUUAACCUCAACUUCUUCCAACGAACCCAUUUCACCCUCUUCAAGAAAGACACACUCUUUCACACAUUGAUUGCUCACCUCAAAGAGCACAUCUCUGUCUUAAUCACUUAUGGCCCAUCCCCCUCGCUUUCCAAACUUCGGAAGGGCGAAUUAGAGUUAGUCAAAGAGUUGAAUCUCCAUGAACUUCGACGAUUGGCUGAAGCUGCAUCUUACGAAUCAAAGCACGAAGAUGGAGAUGAAAAGGCUCGAUAUCGCGAUCUCUCGCUUGCAGCUCAGUUUAGUAGCGUGGUGAAAUUUGAACGGCCACAUGCAGCUUUCAAAUUCUCGAUGAGAGAUUUUAGAAUGGACGAGACUUAUAUUUUGCCGUCCAAUUUGAGCUCUACCAUGGCUCUCCUGUUUGAUUAUCCAGUGAAAAAGGAAAACCGCGUCGUGCUUAUUGAAUGGCUGCCUCCUUCCCCCUCAUUACAGGAUACCGAAAGGGAAACAAGGAUCAAAACUCUCAUGCUUGCUACGCCCAAGCCAGGCCAAUUGUUGUUACCAACUUGCUAUGGAAUGUUGGAGGAUCCUUAUUCCAGACGCUUUGGAUUGGUGCUCGCACCUCCGCCGCAUAUCAGAUCUGGCCUCCCGAGUAUUCUCACUGCAGGUGCCAUUUCGAAGAAGAGAAUGCCUGCUAGUUUGAGAGAGGUGAUGAGUAGGAGACAUCCUGCUUGUGUGGGAAUAUUAGAGUUGGGGACGAGAUUUGGGUUGGCUAGGAGGGUUGUAGGGAGUGUUUGGGGGAUGGGUUGUGUCGGAGUGAGUCUUGGCCUUUAUUUCUUUUUCGGCGUCUCCCUUUUCGUGGAUCUUUUGGCGACCUCCAUGAAGGGGGCUCAAGACAUAUAUUUUGGAUUAAAAACCUGGCGCACUUGAACUGACACUCCUUUUUUAGUGGAUUCAUAAGCGAGUUUCUUCCUUCUGAUCACUUGAACCAGCCCUAACAUAAUACAGAAAUAUUCGCGCAAAUACACUCCUUUUCUUCCCCUCAAAAAAAAAGCCUUCCUCUGGAGGUCAUUCCGGUUUAUCGACAACUUUGUCCCAUCCUCUAGAUUACGCCGAGCCCCUCUUCACCGGCCUGUUCUCUCCACAGCUCGAUAUUCUCCAAGAGCCUAGCGCUAUCUACGAUUACCACGGGGGAGGGGAGCAACUCACCCUCGCCAGUCAUGCGCCGCCCAUACACGUUGAUCACCAGGUCCAAUUGAUUCACCCUCUUCCUCAUUAUGACCAAGCUCCUUCAUACGACAUAAGCAUAAAUUACUAUCUCCACCCGCAUAAAGCAUCUAAUCCGCGUCAUCCACAUUCGAGAGGCUAUGAUAUAUACAGCCUCGGUGUGUUAUUGUUGGAAAUUGGCUUAUGGAAAAAUUUGGAUAGUGUUGUUGACCUGAGACUGCUGUUUGAAGAGGAGGAGGAAUACGAGAAUGGAGCAUUUGAGAGGAUUAGGCAGGAGUUUUUAGGUUUGUGUGGAAGACUUGAUGGGUGAGUUUUCUUUGAUUUUCGUUCCAACACUCCUACCUCUUGGUCUCUCUUCAUUCCAUUUAGGUGAUUGUGGAAGGCAAUCUAGGCUAAUCCAAAGCAGACUAACAGGCUCAAUAUACGCCAAUGUUGUGAGGAAAUGCCUAUCGAUCAAUGCACGAGAUAGGACUGAGGAGGAAAGGAGAGAGCUAUCAGGGUUUUGGAGAGAGACUAUGGUUAUAUUGGACAAGUGCUGUGCCUAAGUAAUUAGUCUUGGUGUACUGUGCGAAUGAAUGAGAAAGUUUCAGAGAGGGGUGAGGUGGGUGCUGAAAGUUCGCUUAAUUUGAGCGAAAGGCAGCGAACAAAACAGCUCUAAUCAGGAACCAAGAUUCGGUCAAGGUAAUUUGAUAUAAGACUGCGACAUAAUCCAC